AUGGGAAAAGUUCAGAAAAACCACCAGCCGGAGGACUCGUUGUUUUGUGAGGACAUGGUGGUGAUCCGCCAACCAGAGAAGCCGGGGGAUCCCAGCGUCAUCACCAUCAAUUGCCCCGACAAGACUGGCCUCGGGUGCGACUUCUGCCGGAUCAUCCUCUUCUUUGGACUCAACAUUGUACGGGGAGGUAAUACUUCGUAGUUCGAUUAUAGAUUACGACCUGGCUUGUUUUUCUUCCCUUUGCGGUCGAUGGAUCUAUUUCUUCUCACACUAUUCCCCUCCUUUUUCAUCUUGCGAUUCCUCAUUAGCUGCUAUUGAAUGAUGCACUUUUCGCCGAAUUCUCUGUAGACAUGAGUACGGACGGGAGGUGGUGCUAUGUAGUGUUCUGGGUGGUUGGGAGCGGCACCACGCGGUGGGGCCUGCUCAAGAAGAGGCUGCUUGGAGUGUGCCCCUCGGUAGCCGCGGGGAUCUACAGCUAUUGCUUCGGACAGGUGGAACCUAGGGAGCCCCAGGUCUUCCUACUCAAGAUCUUUUGUAAUGACCGGCUAGGCCUCUUGCACGGUAAGCGAUGGCUUUGGAGGUUCUUCCAUACAUCUGUUUAAGGGAUUUACCCCUGUCAAUUCUUCUGCUUUUUUUGUUGUUGUUUCUUUCUAUUUCUUUACUUUUUCCCCAUGUGCGACAGGGAUUCGCGGAAAAACAUCAGAACCAUGAGAUUUUCCCAAUUUAUUCUGUAAUACGAGAUUGGAUUUCAUAAUUUCUCUGCCGGAUGAAUUUUUAGUUCGUUUCUGAGUGAAUCCUACACGGAUGAAGUAACUGCAAAGUCCAAAAUUCGCGUCAAAUUUAGAGAUGAUCCAUAUCUUGAUUUCUUAGUAUUCGGUUGGUGAAUAUUCAUUUCACUUCUUCGUCGAGAUAGCUCGCCUUAUUAUUUUUUUAACCCUUCCUUUGUCUCUUUUUUUCCUAUCUAGUUGCUGGAAUUCCCUAAUUUUUGCGCUAUUUCGCUCUCCAUUUCUACAUUUUAUAUUCUCUACAUUUAACCUAGGGCAUACGGUGGCUUUGGGUUUUGCUCCUCUGAGUCUCACUGGAUUUUGAGACAGAUGUGACUCAGGUACUUUGUGAGCUGGAACUUACAAUAAGGAGAGUAAAGGUUUCCACCACUCCAGAUGGGAAGGUUGUGGACCUCUUCUUCAUAACCGACAUCAGGUUCAUACUACUCUUUUUCACUCAUCUGUAUCUUCUCCCCCUGCCUUUCUUUCUUAUUUGGAUACCCUUUCAUAUGAACAACAUCCGGCUUUGCCUGCGUUGUUGACGGUUAAAACGCACGAUCUCAUGAGCUAAUCCUGAUUUUAGCGGGCAAUUCCCAAUUUUUUUAAUGUUCAAUACCUGCCCUAGGUUCAAAGCUUUAUCCUUUGCAAGGAGCUUACAUUUCAUUGCUUAGUUCGACAAAGUAAACUGAAAAUUUCCCUUAAACGUUGCUGAAGCCCCUUCUUAGGGAUCGCCUAAUAUAAUUUGAGUAUGAAAAAAUCUGCACGUUCGUCGCAGAUUGAUUAAAACUGGGGUUAUUUCUUUUAAAUUGGGAAUAUCUAGAGUCAUUGUCAGUUCUUAUGAGAAGCUAGAAGGUACUAAUUUUUUUAGAAAAAUUAUUUCGCGUGUAUCUUCCUUGUUUUUUUUAAUGCAACUCCUUGCUUAAUAGGCCAAGAUUGAGCCCGCAGGGCUUCGGGAAAAAAAUAUUAAUGUCCAGUUGUUUCUUAAAGAUCAUUUACGUAGCGAAUUUAUGUAGAAAAAUUGACAUCAUUAAAAUGUCAGAGCGGUGAUAAAUUUUAUAAAAAAAUUGAGCGUUACAUUCCCAUAAUGGCGGAGCUGUUUCUUUGUCUCAGGAAGAAAAUUAUAGAAAGAUAAUGACUUCAUAUAGCUGUUUCUGUCAUCUAUUCUGGUUCGUAUGCUAUGAUUCUGCAGCCAUAGCUACCUCUGAUCAGAUUUAUCCACCAUUAUUUUAUUUUACAGGGAGCUCUUGCAUACGGAAGACAGAAAGGAAGAAAUAUUUGAUCAAUUGAAAGCUGUUCUAGGAGAACAUACUGAUUGUGGGCUCGAAGAAGCUAGAACAGAGAUCAGGGUGAACGUCCAACCAUUAUCCUUUCAGCUUCCCACAAUCCCGGAGGAAACAUUCACGCUGGAGCUUCCCGAGGUCCAACCUAGGGAAUCUUCCAACACUCUAAAUGGUCUCUCUGUCACCAUAGACAACUCCCUGAGUGCUGCUCACACACUCAUCCAGAUUCUUUGCCGGGAUUACAAAGGCCUCCUCUACGAUGUUAUGAGAACCCUAAAGGAGUACAAUAUCCAGGUGAUUAAUGUGAUAUUUUCUAUUAAAAGAAGGAAGGAAGACGCAUAGCUGUUUUGUUGCAUGGCAUGCAUUCACAGGCUACAUUCUUCAGUGCUCCUCUCUCUCUCUCUCUCUCUCUCUUGACAUGCAGGGGCUUCUUUUCCUUACAGAUAUCAUAUGGACGAUUUUAUGCCAACCAGCACAAAAGCUGUGAAUUUGACUUAUUCGUGAUGCAAGCGGACGGGAAGAAGAUCCUUGACCCAAACAAGCAGAAGGCUUUGUGCUCCCGCUUGAGGAUGGAGCUCUUCCGUCCUCUCCGGGUCGUUGUUCUCAAUCGUGGACCCGAGACGGAGAUUCUAGUCGCCAACCCAGUUGAGCUCUCGGGGAGGGGACGACCUCUCGUCUUCUACGAUAUCACCCUCGCUCUUAAAAUGCUCAAUGCCUGCAUCUUCUCGGUAAAUUCCUUCUCCUAGCUUCCUCUAUUGCAUUCAUUUUUUCAUUAGCUUAGAGAAGUUCAUCAGAACCAGUGCCGUGUUUCUCAGGCAGAGAUCGGAAGGCACAUGAUUGGAGAUAGAGAGUGGGAAGUCUACAGGGUCCUCCUCGACGACGGCCACAGGAAUCCUGCCACUCUGAAUAGGAUUCAGGAAGGGGUCCUUAACAUGUUAAUGGGCUGGGACUGA